ACCCACCCCCGUCCCCACCACCCCGGCGUUCACUCCGGCGACAAAAGCAGAGUAAGGUAAAGUGUAUAUUGUCUUGAUCUUUAAGCUAUAGUGUAGUGCGCAGUCUAAGCUCGAUAAGGUAGUAGGGCAUUUACCUCAAUAAUGUGAAACCCUAGCUAGGGUUAGAGGUAGGGUUGAGUCGAAAAGGUUUUUUUCAAAUCGGAGCUCGAGUGGAAUGGGGAACUGCUGCAGAUCUCCAGCGGCUGUAGCUAGGGAGGAUGUGAAGUCGGGAAACUACUCCGGCCACGAUCACGGCCGGAGGGAUAAGUCCGGCGCUGGAGCUGGCAGCAAGCAGAAGCCGAUCACUGUGCUGACUGAGGUGAAGAAGGAGAAUAUUGAGGAGAGGUAUAUGGUGGAUAGGGAGCUGGGGAGGGGCGAGUUUGGUGUGACUUAUCUGUGCAUCGAUCGGGGCUCCAGGGAGCUCUUGGCUUGCAAGUCGAUUUCCAAGCGGAAGCUUAGGACGGCGGUGGAUGUGGAGGAUGUCAGGCGAGAGGUGGCGAUUAUGAAACAUUUGCCCAAAAAUUCGAGCAUUGUAUGCUUGAAGGAGGCCUGUGAGGAUGAGAAUGCGGUUCAUUUGGUGAUGGAGCUUUGUGAGGGUGGUGAGCUUUUCGAUAGGAUUGUGGCUCGUGGUCACUACACCGAACGAGCUGCCGCCGCUGUUACUCGGACAAUUGUGGAGGUGGUGCAACUCUGCCACAAGCAUGGUGUGAUCCACAGGGACUUGAAGCCUGAAAACUUUUUGUUUGCAAAUAAGAAGGAAAAUUCACCUCUCAAGGCUAUUGAUUUUGGCUUGUCAAUCUUCUUUAAACCAGGUGAAAGGUUUUCUGAAAUUGUUGGCAGCCCUUAUUAUAUGGCUCCCGAGGUGCUAAAGCGAAACUAUGGACCUGAAAUAGAUAUAUGGAGUGCAGGAGUGAUUCUUUAUAUAUUAUUAUGCGGGGUUCCCCCCUUCUGGGCUGAAUCUGAACAAGGUGUUGCCCAGGCAAUUUUACGUGGUGCAAUAGAUUUUAAACGUGAACCCUGGCCAAGUAUUUCAGAGGGUGCGAAGAGUCUUGUGAGGCAAAUGUUGGAGCCAGAUCCCAAGCUUCGACUAACCGCAAAACAAGUACUUGAACAUCCUUGGCUCCAGAAUGCUAAGAAGGCUCCAAAUGUUCCUCUGGGUGAUGUUGUGAAGUCAAGGCUGAAGCAGUUUUCCUUGAUGAAUAGGUUCAAGAGAAAGGCUUUGAGGGUUAUUGCUGAUUUCUUGUCCAAUGAAGAAGUUGAAGACCUCAAAGAAAUAUUUGGGAAGAUAGAUACUGAUAAUGAUGGUAUCGUUUCAAUUGAAGAAUUGAAAGUUGGACUUCAAAAGCUCAAUUCUCAGCUUGCAGAAUCUGAAAUACAGAUGCUCAUCGAAGCCAUUGAUACUAAUGGCAAAGGAACUCUAGAUUAUGGGGAAUUUAUUGCUGUUUCACUCCAUUUACAAAGAAUGGCUAAUGACGAACAUUUGCGCAAGGCUUUUUCCUACUUUGACAAGAAUGGUAAUGGUUAUAUUGAGCCUGAUGAGCUUCAAGAUGCCCUCAUGGAGGAUGGAUCAGAAGAUUGUACAAAUGUUGCGAAUGACAUCUUUCAGGAAGUCGAUACAGACAAGGAUGGUCUGAUCAGCUAUGAAGAAUUCGCAGCUAUGAUGAAAACGGGAACAGAUUGGAGAAAGGCUUCUCGGCAUUACUCAAGAGGGAGAUUCAAUAGUCUGAGCGUAAAGCUGAUGAAAGAUGGCUCACUUAACCUUGGGAAUGAGUAAAGCAAACUCAGAUCCUAGCUCCUCCACUCUAAAUGAUAUAAUGGGUGAAUGUGCAUCUGUGUAUUAUACUUGUAUCUCAUCAUUAUUUGUUGGGAACCGGUUAUAAAUGAGGUUCAAUUAGAUUGUUGGCUUGGCAGGAUCAUGAAGAGAUGACUAAUCUUUUAGCCUCUUCAAACUGUUAAUUGAGUAGAACGGAUAGCACGCUUUUAGCUGUUUGGUCCAUCUUGUAUGAUUCUCUCAUCUCUGAACACUUUCACUUGCUUACAAGUUGAAAUCAGAUCUUGGCUCUGCAUUAGCAGAAUUCUUGUGUAGGAGUACAGUUUUCAUGGCCAAAAAAUGGCAGACACGUGAGGAUUGUGUUAAUCUUGUUAAAUUUUAUGUGCCUGCA